UUAAGAGGAGGAGACUCCCUCUCUCUCUCUCUCUGUGUGUGAGAGAGAGAGAUCUUUUUUUUUGUUUUGUUUUUUAUUUGAUAUUUUUUUUUUCUCAAUGAAAUAAAUAAACGUAAGAAAAAGUGAAGAGCCAUAAGUGACCGUUGGCGUGACGCUUUGAUAAGAAUGCAUUGCAUAACUCCAGCAACGAACGGAAAAGUGCCUAUGAAGCUCUGCUACAUAACCUGUAGAAUCAGCUCUUCUAAAAAAUUAACGAACCAACAAAUCUUCGGACGCAACAAUUAGUGUAUUUUGAAAGACUUGUGCCUUAAAUAAUUUUUGCGAAUGUGACAUGUAAAUGUGCGAAAGAUAUGCUGGUGCUAGCAGUACGUACCUAUAUAGUUUAGGUAUUGUAUGGAAGCUUUAUUACAUACAUACGCGAAGUUGUAUGUAUGUACCUAACUAAAAACGUGCCUUAUUUUUUACCAUCGUUGUCAAUGAAAUGGAUUAUAAUCGUAUUUAGUUAUUCGUUUAAUUGAGAGGACGAACGAGAUAACCAAAAAUUUACACUGAGAAUAUGGUGAUGGCAGGUAUUGAGGGCGUGUCUGGGCCAGCAAUAACAGACGAGUCCCUGUCAAAUAAGCUACAGUGGCUGCGUCAGCGUAGAGAGGCUCUAGAGGAUAAGCUUGCCCAGAAGAAUAGUGAAUUAAAAAGUUUGUGCAUAGAAGAGGCUGAGCUCACUGGAGUGUUGCCACCUGAAAUUCCUUUGGAGCCUGGUGAAAGUCCACCAUGCAUCAGAAAAAGAGCUAGUACUUCUAUCAACUAUCCUCAGAAUUUUAUUAAUAAACUGAAAACUAAUCGAGUGGAGGAAUCUGCUUUGGAAGUUGAGAGACAGGUGCAAAUAAACAUAGCAGAAUCUGCACUAGCCAUUUUAAAUGACCCAUCCGAAAGCAAGGUUGUGAGGCGCAAACAGCGCGCGAUAUACCAACAGAGUCAGAGAAGGCUACAAGAAUUGAACGCUCAGUUGAAUUUCAUAAGACAGAGUCAUGGAAGUGGAUCCAGAAGUCAGUUGUCUCACUCUUCAUUGCACGGUUCUCAACAACAUUUGCAAACUGCAACAAAGCAUAGGACGAAAAAGCUUCGACCUCCAUUGGAUAGUCAAGGAAAAGACUUGAGCCCAAUGAUGGAAUCUCGAGGUUUACUACAGGAGGGUGGUAUAAGUUUGAGUCCUCUUGGGCCUGAACACAAUUACAACACAUAUACGAAUUUCGAUCUCCAGGAUGUAGUUAGCGUUGCUCACGGCUAUGGACAACCCGGUAGUUCCUUACCUCAUAACAGAGCGACUUACCAUGCGCCCAGUCCCGUUGAACAACACAGCAAGCAACGAUUAACUGGAAAAUUUUCCGAACACGAGCUAAUUAACAACAACCUGUUUGUAAGCCCGGAUCAGUUUCGAGGUCGAGCAUAUUCACAAGGUGGUAACAGCAGCGGAGGUAGUAGCGUUAGUCCUCAUCAUUUCAGUACUCAAGAGCGACCAUGCCGUUACUUACCGAAUACAUAUACCGAGGAAGAACGUCAAAUGCAUUAUAGGCAAAUGAAGCUUAGACGACAGGAGGCUCACGAAGAGAUGCUGAAAAAUCAACAGUAUUCAGAUCCGAGAUAUUCAGAUAAUGUAGAAGCGCACCGCAGGUCAGCUCAGAUUGUUUAUCAUGAGACCGACUCCAAUUCUCUGCGCUUUGAGCUACAGCCGCACGAUUACCCGGUUCACUAUAAUCAUGCCAAGCCCCAACCACCAGGAAUCCUCAGACCACGAGAUAGUGUUGACAAUGUGAUGCAGGGACCGGAAUACAAAAGUGGUAAACCGGCGGUAGACACUUACAUACCUCCGGGUUAUUGGAUGCGUCUAGACGACGAAAUAGUUUGGUGCAGCGAAGAACAGAUGUCCGAUAGGUUCGGUAGCCUAGACCGUCGAAAACAAACCGUUUCCCAUCAACAUCAUCACCAUCAGCUAGCAUCUGGUUUAGAGACCCAAUCACGCUAUCAUACAGUUGCCUUGGGCGGGAAAAAUGCCCCAAUGUUGCACGCAAGACAACCGCCGUACCCACAUCCACCACCAGUUCAGAGCCCGGAUGGUAGUCUGAAGCCAACACCGCCUAGUAGCCGAAUGUUGCUGCGAACCCAAUCGCUGGGCAGCGUUGAAGGUUGGCAGCAACAAUCGCCAAUAGGAGGUACAAAUUCGUCUCAAGAUGCUAACAGUUCAACAACGUCAAUCGAGGAUCGCGAGUCUGCUGACGGUGCCAGUAGCCGAUCCUCAAUCAAACCUCCCAAAGAGAAAGAGUGGUACGAAACGUCUCUUGACGGAACUGGCCCACCGCCACCUCAACGCCCUAUUGUCAGACGCGGUUCUCAGCACAACCCACAACAGCCGCCACCACCGCCACCCCUGCCUCCACCUCCUCCUGCUAAGGACCGUAUGCCCGUCCGCAGCAACUCAAUACCAUCCAAUCGAAGGACGAGAGAGCAGCUACCAGUUGUGCAGCCACAUCAGCAACAGCAGGUGCAGAGGCCACCUAUUCCUCAGAGCCGCUUUCACGAAAGUCGAGUGCUCGAAAUACCUGCGGAGUCGAAACCAUCGCCUGGAUCUCAAGAAAAUGGCAACCAAUCCAUUAUUUCACUCAAUCCUUUAACGAACCGCACAAUCGUCCAACCCGGAAAAUACCAACCGUAUCGAGAGGAAACGAAACCUUUCGAAAUGUCGGACUUUUACAAAUAUUCAACAAAGUUUCGUAACAAAAAGGUCGAAGCGAGUACAACAAAUGAAGAACAGCAUCAGCAGCAACAGCAGCAAAUAUUAUCGAAUGUGAAUACUCAAAAUGAUCUAAACCAGAUUAAUAAUCCCAUACUAAGAGUCCAUCAACCAGUGCAACAAAACACUUUUAAUAUGAGAUGAUCGCCGAUUUUUUUAUCUAUUUAAGCAUAGAUAGUUGAACAAUUUUAAUAUAAAGUGACGCUUGUAAAUUUUUUAAAAUAUUUAAGUUGUACAUAUUAUUUAUUUUACGUAUUGGUGUGUAUGUACUCAUGACUGAUAUUUUUUAUAAAUUUUUUAUACUUUAUACGGAAAUUGUAAGCAAUAAGAUUUUUUAAAAAGUGUUGAAU